UAAACAUUAAAAUUGACAUUUUUAAUAUUAAAAUAUUUUUUUCACUCUUUAAAUUUAAACUCCUUAUAUGAAUGUAUUUCACCGUGAGAUGAUCUCAUGCAAUUACUUCUAUAUUGUUUUAAUUUCUUUAAUUGGCUUCAGACUAAACAAAGUCUAUACAUAGUAAGAUUUGUGAAACCUAAUUUUUCUAAUAACAUAGUUCAUUAGUUCUAUACUGAUCAAUAGAAUAUCAUCAGCAAAAUUAAAAGAUAAAAAUUGAAUAAAUGGUAGAGCUGAUGCGUCUGCCGUCUGAUGAAGAGUUAAUUUUGAUAGCAUUAUUAAUUUUAACUUAAAAGUCAUUUUUUAGCUGUUUAACCAACUAAAAAAUUGAAAAUUAAAAGUCAAUAAAAAACACUAUCAAACACCAAGUGUUUAGGAUAAAUAUUUGGCAUGGUGGCCUCCCAAGUGUAUGGAUACUAUAGUAAACUAUAAUUAGAACUUAUGGUUGAAAAACAAAGUUGAAGAUCUCCUUUUUUGUCACUAACUAAUAUCUCCAAAAGACUUUAUGAUGACUAAGAAGAGAACAUAUAGGAAAUUAUCUACGUGCCAAAAGUUCAAAUCAUUUGCAUAAAAUCAUCCAAAUCUAUCAAGAAAUUUAGACUUCUCUAGAUGUAUGUAUUUUUAUUCACUAGCUAAUUCUUUUAAUUGCUAGAAACUUCCUAAAUGUAAAUCUUCCAUAUUUAGUACUUCUAUUUAUAUCCCAAAUUAAAUUAAAUUUCACAUUAUUGGUGUAAAAAUGGCAUCCUCUCCACUUUCAUUCACUUUUUCUCAGCACCAUGUUCCAAAACACAAAUCUCAUGAUAUUCCCAAAAAGGAAACAAAUAGUCCAUAUCAAGAAUUAGAGAUUUCUAAAAGGAAGCUAUUGACAUCAAGUGGGCUGGGCUUAAUUGGAUUACUUAAUGCUAGGCCCAAUCCAGCUUAUGGAGAGGUAAUAAGCCCACCAAGCCCGAUUGAAACAAGUUCAAGUAGAAUAUCAUACUCGAGAUUUUUGAAGUAUUUGGAUGAAGGAGUAGUAAGAAAGGUUGACUUGAUUGAGAAUGGUCAAUCUGCAGUUGUGGAAAUUUACAAUAAUGCCCUUGAUAAAAUACAAAGGGUAAAGGUUCAGUUGCCUGGUUUACCACCUGAAUUGAUUAGGAAAAUGAAGGAUAAAGAUGUGGAUUUCUCAGUGAAUCCACCAAAGAUGAAUAUGGGUAUUGUUAUACUUGAUUUGUUGAGUAAUCUUGCUUUUCCUUUGAUCUUGUUGGGGUCUUUGCUAUUGACUUCUUCUAGGUCUAAUGUUCCUGGUGGUGGUCCAAACUUACCUUUUGGCCUUGGCAGGAACAAAGCCAAAUUUCAGAUGGAACCAAACACAGGAGUAACAUUCAAUGAUGUAGCAGGAGUUGAUGAGGCAAAACAAGACUUUGAGGAAAUUGUAGAGUUCUUAAAAACCCCAGAAAAGUUUGCAUCAAUAGGAGCAAAAAUUCCCAAGGGAGUUUUAUUAGUAGGACCCCCAGGAACAGGGAAGACUUUAUUAGCUAAAGCCAUAGCAGGAGAAGCUGGUGUGCCCUUCGUUUCCCUGUCAGGUUCAGAAUUCAUUGAAAUGUUUGUAGGGGUUGGAGCAUCAAGAGUUCGAGACUUGUUCAACAAGGCGAAGGCGAAUGCACCUUGCUUAGUUUUCAUUGAUGAGAUUGAUGCUGUUGGGAGACAAAGAGGAACAGGGAUUGGAGGUGGGAAUGAUGAAAGAGAGCAAACUUUGAAUCAGUUGCUUACUGAGAUGGAUGGUUUUUCUGGGAAUACUGGAGUUAUUGUUAUUGGUGCUACUAAUCGUCCUCAAAUUCUUGAUCAAGCAUUGCUUCGACCAGGAAGAUUUGACAGGCAGGUGACAGUAGGGUUGCCAGAUGUAAAAGGAAGGGAAGAAAUAUUAAAAGUCCAUAGCAGCAACAAGAAGCUUGAUAAAGAUGUUUCACUCAGUGUUAUUGCUAUGAGAACUCCUGGAUUCAGUGGAGCUGAUUUAGCUAAUCUUAUGAAUGAAGCAGCCAUUCUUGCCGGUCGAAGAGGUAAAGAGAGGAUUACUACUAAGGAUAUAGAUGACUCCAUUGAUCGCAUCGUUGCAGGACUAGAAGGAACCACUAUGACUGAUGGAAAAAGCAAGAUGUUGGUGGCUUACCAUGAGGUUGGACAUGCUGUUUGCGCGACUCUGACUUCAGGGCAUGAUCCAGUGCAAAAAGUGACUCUAAUACCGAGGGGUCAAGCUCGUGGUUUGACAUGGUUUAUACCUAAUGAAGACCCAACUUUGGUGACAAAACAGCAGCUGUUUUCCAGGAUAGUCGGAGGUCUCGGGGGAAGGGCAGCAGAAGAAGUCAUAUUUGGUGAACCAGAAAUUACAACUGGUGCAGCAGGAGACCUGCAGCAGGUUACACAAAUAGCUAGACAGAUGGUAACAAUGUUUGGAAUGUCGGAGAUUGGACCGUGGGCCUUGAUAGAUCCAGCAGUGCAGCAAAGUGAUGUGGUAUUUAGAAUGUUAGCAAGAAAUUCAAUGUCAGAAAAGCUAGCAGAGGACAUAGAUGCAUCAGUAAGGCAUAUAAUUGAAAGAGCUUAUGAGCUUGCCAAGCAACACAUUAGAAAUAAUAGAGAUGCAAUUGAUAAACUUGUUGAUGUUUUGCUCGAGAAAGAAACACUUACGGGAGAUGAGUUCAGGGCUAUCCUGUUUGAAUUCGUCGAUAUUCCUAUAAAUGAUUCCAAGUCUUCUGUCCAUGAACUGAUAAGCGCAUAAGUUUCUUACCUCAAUGGUAUUUUGAUUGUACAGUUAGAGUUAUCUUAGCUUCAAUCUUAUACUUGUAAUGUUUGUAAGAUGAUCACACUUUUAUAUCAUAUGUUUUGCUCAGGAACUUUGAAUGGCUUCAACUCUUCUGUGUUA